AUGCCGACAUGCCCAAUCUCUGGGCCUCCGAAAAGUAUGGCUGCAGUCCUCCCAGGUAGGCCGCAAGCCAGCCUCCAAGGACUCGCAUACAUAAGCGGCAGCGCCUUUACCAUUCUCGAUGGCUCCCGCGCCAUCCUGCAGACCAUUUACGAUGACGACGACGAACACGAGCUCCAAGCCAUCGCGAUCGACGAAGUAUCCGGGAACAUAGCUGUCAGCACGGCGAAACAAGUCCGCGUCUACAAGCCUCUUAAGCUCGCACGCGAUGACAGCCCGAAGGUGCUGCCCCUCGCCUGGUGGGCUCAACAGGCCUCCUUCGACAUUGCCCAUGCGGCACCGGGGGCAGCGUUCUCCCUUUCCUGGGGGAGCUCCGAGGAGCUCCUCGUUGGCACCAGCGCCCUCUCUCUAUUCGCCACCCGAACGCAACCUUCUUGUUGCUGGACGAAGGCCCUGCCAAGCCCAGUCAGCUCCGCGACUAUAUCGCACGACUCGGCCUAUAUUGCGAGCAUUGGGCGCUACGAUUGUCUGCCCAAGAUAUGGCGGCGCCUCACGUACGGAGCCGACGAGGUUCGUUUCGACAUGACCUACUUGCGACACCCCGACGUCGUCACGUCGGUGAGAUGGCGCAGACCAUUUCACCCGGACCAGGCCGUCGAGAACGUCCUUUACACGGCCUGUCGGGACCUGCAAAUUCGAAUAUGGACCCCGAUUGAUACCAGUGAUGGGCGCCAUUGGCAGCUGUGGGGGCAGGUCAGUCUCACAGAGACUCCCAGUCGAGUCCCCGACUCUCUCACGCCCCGCCUGGUCUGCAUCAUUGACGGCCGCGACUUCACCGCCGCGGUGGAAUGCGCUGUCAAGGAUCGCAUGGCAGAUGACCAGAGCACCGACGACGUGGCUCUUGACCACCUCGUAGCUGUCGCGAACCGGAGCCCGGAAAUAUGCCUUGCCAUCAGCUCUCGAGGCACCAUGUCGGCAUGGGCCCUCGAGAACGUGGGCGAUGUGCGCGGAAGCAAAGGUAGGAUUUUCAAUAUUGCGCAGGUUCAGUCCCGCCAGUUUGAGAGCUUGGGGGGCUUUCUCAAUCCCCAGGAAGACCCCCCCCAUCUACAGGCCGAGGUGUAUUGCGACAGGUCCGACGGGCGCUUGUGUAUGAUGGUACACGACCUUGACGGAAGGAUCGGCAUUCUCUCCAGCAACGUUGCGGAUUUGCUUGACCCAACCACCAACGACAGGCGGCUCGCCCUGCAGACUAUCUGGUCAGGCCACUCGUCGCCCAUCAAGAAGAUCGUGCGCAACUUCAGCGGCCGAGCCAUUGUGUCGAGAACCGACAACAGCGAGUGCAUCGUUUGGCACCACGCCUCGUCGAGCUCGCGUGACACGCCAGCCAUUGAAUUGUCCCGGCGCAGUGUUAUCCCAGAAACUCGACGGAUCCAUCGCAUCUCUCUCCUCCGCAAGGGUCGCUUCGUCAUCCUCCUCUGCGACAAUGAAAUAUCGCUCUGGGAUUGCCGGACCGAUCGGGCAACCCUCCUUUCCCGAUGCUCUUUCCACCUGGACGGCAACCCUCUGUGUCUCAUCAUACUACCUCGCCCCGACGCCAGGCAGAUUACGACUGCGCACGUUGCCACUGUCUCCUCAGGUCGCCACGGAUUGGUAUGGGAGGUCAACCUACCUCGGUAUAUGGACGACCCGUUGACCACGGAAGGGGCGGCCAUCCAAGAGUUCUGCAGGUUCGAGCUGGCAGUUCCCGAGGACCUGAAGUACGUCCUUCCAGUCGACCCAGCGGGCUCUUCUCCCAUGGCCUCGGGCUUCUUGGAUGUGUUCGCACGUGACGUGGCUAUUUCCUACACGCGCUCCGGCCGGGUGGACUUUUGGACAGCCCGUGUCGAUCCUGCGCGGCGUUGCGUGGAGUGGCUGUCGACCUGCUUCACCGAGACCGGCAUCGCAGAUCCCGCACUGGCAAGCGGCAGUAUGUUGAAGAAGGCCGCGCUGGUGGAUUCUGCCCGGUCCCAGGUUACCAUCUGGGACAUAGGCGGCUGCCGUCUCGAGUUCGAGAAGGGCUAUGUCAUGGACAAUGAGAUACGGGAUCUCGACUGGACAUCUACCCCCGACAGCCAGUCGAUACUGGCCGUAGGCUUCCAGCACCGCGUCGUACUGUUAUCCCAGAUGCGGUUCGACUAUCUAAACAAGGGUCCUGCCUGGGCACCGAUCCGGGAGAUCAGUAUCCGCACCCUCACUCCUCAUCCAAUUGGCGACUCGACGUGGCUCGGUGACGGCCAUCUGGUGGUUGGUGCCGGCAAUCAGCUCUUCGCCUACGACCGACGUGCCGGCAGCAACGAGUCGCUUCUGGCAGACGUCCGUCUGACUCACCACCGCAAGGACGGAACCUGGGAUCUCUUCGAGGCCGUUCAGCGUUUCAAUGGCCCGAUUCCCGUCUUUCACCCACAAUUUCUCAGCCAAUGUAUCCUUGCCGGGAAGAGCGUCCAGGUUCGACGGAUCCUCGAAGCAAUGCAUAAGACGCUGAAAUACCUCAUCCCCGGCGAGGCCGUCGAUGACUACCUCGGAUUAGAUCUGAAGGAAUUCUACACAUCUCCUGUAAGUGAAAACGCCGAUGAAACGCAACCCACCGAAAGGUCAGGUGCUUCUCUCUUGAAUGGGUAUAAGGGAGACGAUGAAGAGGAGGAUGAAGCAGGUUUCACUGAAAAGACGGCCGUGGCUAUCAACGAGAAAUUGCUGAGCAUUGGCCUUCCUCAGCUCUCGGGCCACGAACAGAUGCAGCUUGCUGAUAUGGUUGAGUGUGUCGCCUUGGCAGAGAAGCAUCGGCGGUCCAUGGACGAGAAUGCGGCCCGGUUCAUGGUCUUCUUCCGCCAGAACGCGUUGAGAAGAAGACGGUCGACCGACAUGUACUUGUCUUGGAGAGAGUUCAGCUGGGCGUACCACUCUGGAAGCCAAGACCUCCUGCUCGACUUUGUAUCGCGACAAGCCCACGGGCAGAUGUUGUGGGACAAUGCGCGGGAGAGCGGCAUCUUCAUGUGGGAGCAGUUUGAGACAAUUGCUCGCAACGAGUACAAUAAAGGCGACACCAAGAACCCUGUCGACUGCAGCCUCUUCUACCUGGCAUUGCGAAAGAAGGCAGUACUGCAAGGUCUGUGGCGCAUGGCCAGCUGGAACAAGGAGCAGGCCGCAACCCAGCGGUUGUUGGCGAACAACUUUGACGAUCCGAAGUGGCGAACGGCCGCCCUGAAGAAUGCUUACGCACUCCUCAGCAAGCGGCGCUUCGCAUACGCGGCGGCCUUCUUUCUCCUAGCCGACCACUUGGAGGAUGCUGUCGAGGUUUGCCUGCGGCAGCUUCACGACAUGCAGCUGGCUGUUGCCGUUGCCCGAGUUCACGGAGGGGACAGCAGCCCGGUGUUGCGGAAGCUACUGCGAGACGAGGUGCUCCCACUUGCAGCACAGCAGGGGAACAGGUGGCUCGCGUCAUGGGCAUUCUGGAUGCUGGGUCGCAAGGACAUGGCAGUCAGGGCGCUGAUUGUGAGUUUCAUAAGCGUCCUUGGGGUGGGCUGCCCGCCAAGUUGUGCUAACUUUGGAUCUCCAGACGCCAGUGUACACACUCUUGGAGACUCCCUGUUCGCCCGAUAUCCAAUCACGCCUCUUUUUGACGGACGACCCGGCUCUUGUCGUGCUGUACUCGCAGCUUCGCCAGCAGACACUGCAGACGCUACGCGGAGCGUCCAAGGUGACGCCAAAGGUGGAGUGGGAGUUUGUUCUCCAUAG